CUUUUGCCCAUUUGUGUAUGUUGGUGCGCAUUUUACAAAUGUAGUAUUACUGUUGCAAAACUAGUUCAUAUGCAGCUCGAUGGUUCAUUCCAGAAAGCGAUUGAAAUCCAAGUGUCAGCCUCACUUGCUGAGCAGAACGCCGAUGACAAUGGAGGACAUGAACGCGUGCACUCAGUGUGGCUUUAUGACAAAUAAUUUUGGUGAUUUCAAAGAGCACAUCGAGCAGCACGAAAGUGAGCGACAUCUUACUACCACAAAUACUAGUAGUCGGCAGCAACUGUAUCGUGGAAAAUCAUGGAAACUCUCGGAUUACUGGAAUAGGGAUACUUUUGUGGAAUUUUCGGUUUUGAAAAUCAAGCGGGUACAAUAUAUUCGAUAUUUGGAGAAGGGGAAAGAGAUAAGUAUAUCGGAUCAAGAUGAAAAGUGGGUUGGGGAAGUAGAUGAGGGGAUCGCUUUGCAUGAAUGGAACGAGGAUUUGGAUGAAUCGUUAUCGACGCCGAACCUGUCAUCCCCCGAGCAGUUCUCUCCGGCGGCCGCUUCUUCACCACCAGUUUCCGGUAAUAAUAGCACAUUCAAAGCAACCACCACCAACAGCAGCAGUAAAACUAUGCACGUUUGUCCUCACUGCAAUUUUGAAACUUGCAUGUCGCAGCACAUGAAAAGUCAUUUGGAUGCACAUGAACGCCAUCAGGGACAAAUGUAUCAAUGUGAUAUUUGCCACAUGCAAUUCAGCCAGAAGGCAAAUAUGCAUCGUCACCGAAUGCGGCAUACAGGCGUUAAGCCAUAUCAGUGUCGGUACUGCCUAAAAAAAUUCUUUCGGAAAGACCAGAUGCAAGAACACUCGAUGACCCAUAUAAAGACAGGUGCCGAUUUUGAUUGUCCAGUUGCCCUUUGUGAUAAGCAGUUCAGUCAACACGCAAGCUUACGAACACAUCUAGACGAAGCGCAUGCUAUUGCACCAUCAACACCUGCAUCAUGUAAACGGUGCUCACUGCUGUUUGCAAACUCGCGGCGACUUCUGUUGCACUACCAAACAAAACAUGAUGAGGGUGAUACAUCGAAUGUUGUUGUAACGUCGCCAGUGAAACCUAAAUCUGAGAAUAAUGCAAAAGAUAUGUAUGCGCUUACGUCACCCAGGAAACAACGACGGACAAAUGCGCAAACUAUUGUUGCCGCAAUCCAGGAGCAAUUAAAAUUCAUUAAACAGGAGUCCAUGAAGCCUUCCAUUAAUGAAGAUAUGUCUCGAUGUAUGGAUUAUGAACAGACUGGAUAUGGCAUGACAAAUGAGGAAUGGUUAUUAUCCCUAUCAAAUGUCAACACUUCAACACUUAUUACGGAUAUAAAACCGGAAACAGCACUGCAGCAAUUAUGGACACGAACUAGUAAUGCUGGCAGUGAAAAUACGGAAGAUCAAUCUCAUUCUCCCUCAGUUGAUAGCGGAAGUAGUAGUGCCACUGACGGUGAAGGGGGAGACAAGGAGCAACAGGAAUGCAUGCAUUGUGGGAUGAUUUUUAUGGAUCAGACGUUGUACCUUUUGCAUAAAGGGUUGCAUUCCGAUUCAGAUCCUUGGAAAUGUAACCUGUGCGGUCAUGGUUGCGGCGAUAAGUAUAUGUUCACAACACAUGUCAUCAGUUCCGAUCAUAGUUGCUGA